GUCUACCCGAACUGCCAACGAGCAACGCCUCCGAGCCAGUACACCCCUCGCACAAUGGAGUCAGAGGACGAGGAUCGCAAGGGCGCAAGUCGCUCGUCAACUCCCGACUCGAAUGCUGUAGACGCGAGUGGAGCAAAGGUCUCCAAGGACCGCGCCUGCCCCUUCUGCGCCCAGGCCUUUACAUCCUCCAGCCUCGGACGCCAUCUGGAUCUCUACAUCAAACCCCGCAACCCCAAGCCCCCCGACGGCGUGCACGAUGUCGACGAGAUUCGGAGGAUCCGAGGGCGCAUCACCCGAAGACAACCUCGUACGAGCGCGAAGACGGCCGCGUUGAAAGAGGAGGUGGAGCGGCAAGACAGUCCUGGCACGGCGAGUGGUGAGAAGAGGCAUGCGGAACCUGCAAGAAGCGUCCAUUCCCCCGCGCUGUCCGAUGCCAGAACCCCGCUCCCACCCACAUCCUGGCACGCUACCAAUUGGCAAGCGACUGGCGUGAUCAACAAUCUGCCGCCUCGAGUGCCCUCGCGGACCUCCGUGCGAGCCCCGCUGCCUUCGAUACGGCGCAUUCAGGAUGCGAGCAUGGAGAACCAUGUAGAUACUGCGCAUCGGCCUGGGUACGAUCCAGAAGACAUUGGAAAGCUUCAUGAAGCGGCAGAAGUUGGGCGCGCAGCGGAGAUGGCGUUGAGAGAGGUCAUGGGAAGUUUGGAGGCCGCGAGGAAGCGCAUCGCUUCACAUACCCCCUUCGAUGACUUUGAUUUCUAUUCUCUCGCCUUCCCGGGGCUAUGUCUCGCCAUGUUACCGCCUCCACCCACGCUGUUCAGCAGCACACCGUUUCCCCUCGCACAUACCUGGGCGGUUGCGCCGCCGGGGGAGAGGCAGAUGGCCGCUCUGCAGUCCGCUCUUCACAAAAGGCUUGCAUCGAUCCGCGAAGCAGACCCAAGUAGCCUGCCGGAUUCCGAAGCUUUCAAGAUGCGCGUCCAUCUUGAGAGCGCGUGGGAGCAUUGGCGCGGCUUGCCGAGCAGCGAGCAGGCCGCGGCCUGGAAUCUGGAGGUAUGCCGGGCUUUUGCAAAGGAAGGCGAGAAGACAACGCGUCUAUCGGCGGAGCUGGACACGGCACACCAGCGUAUUGCACACCUCGAGGCGGAGUACGAUCGCUUGUCACGCUGUCAGCUUCCAAGGGAUUACUUGCUGCAUCCACCAAACACCAUCUCGGUGUCGCCCGGGGUUAUGGACGGCUUGAAGACUACAGAUCUCAAGAGCGGUGCCAGGGACGUCAAUUACGAUGCCGAGGCGCUGCUCAACAAAUGGAAGGGGCAGGUCAAGCAGACCAUGCGCCCUCCGCGACCCCCCACCUUCCCUCCUAUGCACGUGGAUACAUCGCGGAACCAGCUCAAGGGGGACAUUGUGCUCAACGGCAGUCUGAUCGGGGUGGGCGGCCCCAUGCCUCGCAACGAAGAGUCAUCCUAUCAAAGUCCGUCGAACGAAGAGCGAAGCGUACGUCAAUACGAUAAGAGGGCAGAGCUCGAAGAGCUUGACGCAGAGCGCAGCCGAGCGCCGCAGAGCGGAGGAGCCGCCAGCUCGUAUCAUCUUGCAAGGACUCCUAGAACCAGCGACUCCCCCCACCCCCCACCGCCAGAAGACGGGGUGAAUGUGAAUGGGAAACGGCCGCGGUGGCCCGAAGCAUCGAUGGGAAGGGAACCUGGCCCGAAGGUCUACCGCGAACAAGCUCCGUGAACUCCCCGACCUCUCCAGCCUCAAGACGGACACGCAUCGAGCCUCGUCAGGCGUGGCAUGGAUGUUUCGGGGAUCGACAGGUGGCACUGCCACUGGCUGAUCCCCCGCUGACGCCAUACCUUCCC